GACACAAUAAUAAGAUUGUUUCCUUAUAAUUUAAAAUCUAUUGAUUAAAUUGAUGAAAUUAAUUUUUUGGAAUGAUCACUCUUACACGAUUCUCAGUACUCGUGUUUUUAAUUACACCAUAAAAAGUAAAUUACAGGUUGGGUCUUUGACCCUUACGCAGAACGAUAAUCGAACUCACAACUCACUAAAUUGAUUAGCAUAUAUAUUAUUCAUCUAGUCACUUAAUCUAAUUAUGCCUUGAAGCGAUGAAAUUAGAUGAAAUUAACUUCUUUCGCCUUUAUAUAAUUGACCUUUGUCCAAUACAUUCAAAAUAACUAUACUUGACACCUUAUAUAUUUCUAAAAUUAAAGUAUUUUAAAAUUAAGUAUAUAAUUCAAACUAACUUUUUGAACAAGAUAAUCUUCUUUCUUAAAGGAAGAACAACUUUUAGAACCAGGCAGCCAUGCUAGUAAUCACAAAGGUUAGGAAGGGUCAUACGAAAUGGAAGUGAGGCUGUGCUCUCAAUAACCUUAUUCUCAGUGAGGAAUCUGAUCGUACACCACCAUAUCCAACCGUAGAUCUUCAAUUGGCCCAUUCUAAAUUUCCCCUGUCUCUCUCCUCUUCCCUUCCCAGUACGCCAUCUCUCUCUCUCUCUCUCUCUCUCUGUAUAUAUAUAUAUAUAUAUAUCCAUAUCUCCCUCUUCUCUUCAGCAGAAGCUGCUGCUGCUGCUGCUUCUUCUUCUUUAUAAUCGAUCUUCUCUCGGAAAGAGAAGAGGCUAGGAUUAGAUUAAACAUGUUGAGAUCACCAGAGCUCCCAGCUAUUUGUCUCUACCCAAACCAGCCCACCUUGGUCUCCCCGAACAGCUUGACCCCCAAUCAUUCACUCUACCUCUCCAACUUAGACGAUCAAAAGUUCCUAAGAUUCUCCAUCAAAUAUCUUUACCUUUUCAAGAAAUCUGUAAGCGCAGACACCUUGAAGUACUCCCUCUCCACACUACUCGUCCAUUACUACCCGCUCGCCGGGAGGUUACGGCCGAACCCAGAAGAUGACCAGAAGCUCGAGGUCGACUGUAAUGGCCAGGGCGCCCUCUUCGCCGAGGCCUUCAUGGACAUCACCGCUGACGAGUUUCUCGCACUUUCCCUCCUCCCAAACAGGUCCUGGAGGAAGCUACUCUAUAGGGUUGACGCUCGCAGCUUCCUCGAUGUUCCUCCCCUCGUCGUUCAGAUCACGUAUCUCCGUUGUGGAGGAAUGAUUCUGUGCACUGGCAUCAAUCAUUGUCUGUGCGACGGCAUCGGCACAUCCCAAUUCCUCCACGCCUGGGCCCACCUCACCACCAAGGCCACUGCCGCCCACUUGCCCGUCUCCCCCUUUCACGACCGCCACGUGUUGAAACCCCGCACCCCGCCGCACCCAACCUUUACCCACCCCCAAUUUUCCCAAAAUGCCCCUCCCCACCAAUCCCAAUACCCCCUCGCCCCCGCCUCCUUAACCUUCUCCCCCUCCCAUAUCCUCCACCUCAAGCGCCAGUGCUUCCCCUCUCUAAAGUGCACCGCCUUCGAGGCCCUGGCGGCUCACACGUGGCGCUCCUGGGCCCGCUCCCUGGACCUGGCCCCCACCCUCCACGUCAAGCUCCUCUUCUCCCUCAACUUCCGCACCCGGGUCGACCCGCAUCUGCCCCCCGGCUUCUACGGCAACGCCUUCGUGCUGGCCUGCGCCGAGGCCGGCGUCAGGGACCUGGCGGCGUCUAACCUCCGCCACGGAGUCAGCAUGGUCCAGCAGGCCAAGGCCUCCGUCACCGACGGCUACGUCAGGUCGGUGAUCGAUCUGCUGGAGGACAAAACGGUAAAAACGGAGGUGCCUCCGUCGAGCUUGGUGAUAUCGCAGUGGUCCAAGCUGGGGCUGGAAGAGUUGGAUUUUGGAGAGGGCAAGCCUCUGCAUAUGGGCCCUUUGACCAGCGACAUUUACUGCCUAUUCUUGCCGGUCGCCGGCGACUCUGAUGCCGUCAGAGUGCUCGUCUCCUUGCCGGAGUGCGCGGCUGAUAAAUUCGAGUAUUUCAUGAUGGGUUCGUGGCGUAGUGAUGAGGAAGACGACGUCGUAGAUGCAGAUGGACUCUGCCAAGACAAAUAUUAAUUCCUACAAAGCCUCCUCCCCCCAUAUAUAUAUGUGUGUGUGGUGUGUGUGUACACGCGUGUGAUAUCGUUUAUCUUGUCAUGAGAUUUUAUUUUCAAUCUC